AUGGAUGUCGAUUUAGAGGAUGACUCGGCGCCACUUUCUUCAAAAGUCACGGCUCCCGGCGAGCCCAUCACUUCCUCCCAAGCUUUUAUGAGGGGCCAUGGUACAUAUGUCGAUGAUGACGAUGUCAUCGCGUCUGUCGCUGGAACAGUCGAACGUGUAAACAAGCUGGUCACCGUUCGUGCUCUCCGAACAAGAUAUAACCCCGAAGUCGGUGAUCUUGUCGUGGGCCGCAUCACCGAGGUCCAACCGCGGAGGUGGAGAGUAGACACAAAUUCUCGUCAGGACGCGAUACUGAUGCUUUCCUCAGUCAAUCUACCGGGCGGUGUUCAAAGAAGAAAACUUGAGAGCGAUGAGCUGCAGAUGCGGAAUUUCUUCGAAGAGGGCGACCUCCUAGUCGCCGAGGUCCAAGCUUUCUUUUCAGACGGAGCAAUGUCCCUCCACACUCGCUCGUUGAAGUACGGCAAGCUACGAAACGGACAGCUCGUCACGGUUCCGCCGAUCCUCGUUCGGCGGUUGAAGUCUCAUUUCAUGCCAUUACCAUGCGGAGUCGAUUUGAUUCUGGGUCUUAACGGAUAUAUAUGGGUCAGUAAGCAUGUGAAAGAGAGCGAGCAAGAGGGGGAAGAAGGCUUCGACUCCGAGGCGGUCUAUUCCAACAGGAACGAUAACAUCGACGAUGCGACUCGAACUGCCAUUUCCCGGGUCGCAAACAUUAUCCACGUCCUAGCAUCACAUUCGGUACCUUUGACGGACAUUGUGCUGCUUGAGGCCUACGAGUGGGCUGUCGAACAGGAUCUCGAAGUCAAGGACCUAUUACAACUCGAGAUAGGAGAGGCUCUAGUUACUUCCUUGACCGGUCGGUGA